CUUGGCAUCACCAUAAUAUUGCCUAUCGAAAAUAUCGUGCUGUUUCGGAGUUAGCCAAUUUUUCUUCGUUCAACCACAACUACAGAAAAAGUCUCCGUGAAAAUGUUCCAAAGAUCCGCUGCCCAAUUAUUGGCUCCUGCCAUCCGCAAUGCCGUUCAACGCCGUUGCCAAUCGGUGAUUUCAUCACCUCCCACCCAAAAGAUUUCUUUUGCCGAAAAAUUGAUUCUCGGUGGUGGUAUGUGCUGUGCAUCUUUGGUUAUUCCCGCUUGGGUUUUGCUUCACAUCAAGGAAUACCGUGGUUUGAAGUAAAUACAACACGGAGUGUUUUGCUUUAUGCAGAGCUCUAAGCUUUAUAAUUAGUCAAUAAAUAUGUUUUAAGAUUGUAAAGUACGAGAAACUGGUGAAAAAAUAUAAGAAAAGUGCUAAAUGUAAACGCGCUAAUAAAUCAAA